AUGGAGCCAAACAGUUGGUGGUACAGGGAGGCGUUGGAAACAAUGUUCUGGCCAGCGUACUUGUCUUCGUUGACACCAACAACGAACAUUGGGGCGUCAGCAGAAGGAGCAGUGAUGACAACCUUCUUGGCACCAGCGUCAAUGUGCUUCUGGGCACCUUCGAGCUUGGUGAAGACACCAGUGGAGUCGAUGACCAACUCGACACCCUCCUUGCCCCAUGGAAUCUGGGCUGAGUCUCUCUCUUGGUGGACCUUGAUCUUCUUGCCGUCAAUGACCAAGGCACCGUCCUCCGACGAAACUUCACCCCUUGAAUUGACCGUGGGUGGAGUCGUACUUGAACAUGUAGGCGGCGUAGUCAGCAGCAAUGAAUGGGUCAUUGAUGGAAACGACCUUGAUGUCUGGUCUGGUGAGGGCGAUUCUCAAAACGAGACGACCAAUUCUUCCGAAACCGUUGAUACCGACAGUGACCAUUGUGUUUAG